UCUGCGCCUCCAAAAAAGCUCCUCACAAGCUCCACGAGUCGCUCCCGUUGAGAUUGGCGCGUCUGUUUCCCGAAAGUGUUGAGGAGUAGAAAAGCGCACUUUGCCCUGCUUGCAAACUCGCCAGGACCGACGUUUCAUUUGGUAUUUUUCUUUUUUUUUUUUUUUGGAACUUUAGUUUGGUUUUGUUUUGGAGGGUGUGCUUCCAAGCAGGAGGAGUGCGCGCGCCCUCGCGGGAAGGCUGCGGCUGCAGAGGUUUAGGGACUCGGUGCGCGUGGAUUCGCACUUCUUUUUUUUUUUUUUUUUUGGUACCCCUCGCCACUUGUUUCGCAUGAAUCUCCUCGACCCUUACCUGAAAAUGAGCGAAGAACAGGACAAGUGUCUCUCCGACGCGCCCAGUCCCAGCAUGUCCGAGGACUCGGCCGGCUCGCCGUGCCCGUCCGGCUCCGGCUCGGGCUCCGGAUCGGACACGGAGAGCGGCCGGCCCUCCGACAUGCGCCUCCUGCACGGCGCCGACUACAAGAAGGAGGGCGACGAGGAGAAGUUCCCCGUGUGCAUCCGGGACGCCGUGUCGCAGGUGCUGAAGGGCUACGACUGGACCCUGGUGCCCAUGCCGGUGCGCGUCAACGGCUCCAGCAAGAACAAACCGCACGUCAAGAGGCCCAUGAACGCCUUCAUGGUUUGGGCCCAGGCGGCGCGUCGGAAGCUGGCCGACCAGUACCCGCACCUGCACAACGCGGAGCUCAGCAAAACUCUGGGGAAACUCUGGAGGCUCCUCAAUGAGGCCGAGAAGCGACCGUUCGUGGAGGAGGCCGAGCGCCUCAGGGUGCAGCACAAGAAAGACCACCCGGACUACAAGUACCAGCCGCGGCGGAGGAAGUCGGUGAAGAGCGGCCAGAGCGAGCCCGACGACGGCGAGCAGACGCACAUCUCGCCCAACGCCAUCUUCAAGGCCUUGCAGCAGGCGGACUCGCCCGCCUCCAGCAUGGGGGACAUGCACUCCCCCGCAGAGCACUCAGGUCAGUCCCAGGGUCCGCCCACACCCCCGACCACCCCCAAGACAGACCUGCCCUCCGCCAAGUCCGACCUGAAGCGCGAGGGGCGCCCGCUUCAGGAAGGCCCGAGCCGCCAGCUCAACAUCGACUUCGGCGCCGUGGACAUCGGCGAGCUGAGCAGCGACGUCAUCUCCAACAUGGGCAGCUUCGACGUGGACGAGUUCGACCAGUACCUGCCGCCCCACAGCCACGCCGCCGGCCAGGGGGGCUACGCCGGCGGCUACGGCGUGAGCGGCUCUUCGGCGGCCGGGCAGGGCGGCAACGUCGGGGCCUGGAUGUCCAAGCAGCAGCACUCUCUGAGCGCCUUGGGGGCAACGGCGGCGGCGGCGGAUUCGGCCCCGCAGCGAGCCGCUCAGAUCAAGACGGAGCAACUGAGCCCGAGUCACUACAGCGAGCAGCAGGGGCAGGGGCAGGGGGGCUCCCCACAACACGUCGCUUACGGCUCCUUCAGCCUGCAGCACUACAGCGCCGCUUCGUACCCACCCAUCAGCAGGGCCCAUUAUGACUAUUCCGACCACCAGGCAGGGGGCUACUACACCCACUCGUCCGCUUCGGGCCAGGCCCCCGGCCUCUACUCCAGCUUCGGCUACAUGAGCUCCGGCCAGAGGCCCAUGUACACCCCCAUCGCCGACACCGCCGGGGUCCCCUCGGUGCCGCCCGCCCACAGUCCCCAGCACUGGGAGCAGCAGCCCAUUUACACCCAGCUGUCCCGGCCGUGAGGAAUAGAACACCCCCCCGCCCACCCCCA